AUGGAACUCAGUAAUAUCAUUUCAAAAACAGUGAGUAACGACAAUAGUAGUAAUAAUAAUAAUAAUAAUGAUAGUAAUAACAACACUCAUGAUAAUGAUACGAUAUGCAUUAAAAGUAAAAAUGGGAUUGGCGAUCCCCAAGAUAAAAUUAUCUUGAUCGAUGAUAUUGAAAGUAUUAAACAGGAUUCAAAUUGGGAUUGUGGGGUUGCAUGCAUUAGCUCUGUUUUAAAAUGGUCAAAUAAAGAAAACUAUCAAUUUGGAAUAAUAAAUGAAAUUAUAAACACAAAAAGUAUAUGGUCGAUCGAUUUGUCAAAUGCCCUAACUCAAUUACAAGUGCCGCAUAUUUAUUAUACAAAUUCAAUAGGUGUAAGAAAUGAUUAUAGCGAAAAUAAAUAUUAUAAAGAUAAUUGGGAAUCUGAUACAUUAAGAGUGAAUCAGCUAUUCUUUAAAUCUCUAAACACUGCACCAUGUAAUUUGGUUUUAAUUGGAUCAGAAAAACAAUUACCAAUUCAACAAUUUAUAGAACACAUUAGUAAAAAACUACCAAUCAUUUUAUUAGUAGAUUCAAAUUUUUUAAAUUGUAGUAAAUGUAAUACUAAAAAUGAUAUUUAUGAUGAUAAUAAUAAUAAUAACCACAUCAGUACUAAAUUAAAUAGUGGCGACUAUUUAAAUGAAAUUCGAGAUAAUGUUGCUAAUAACGAAAAUGAUAACACUAAUAAUAUUGAUAAUAAUAAUAUAUAUAAUAAAACCAAUAAUACAAAUAAAAUGAAUGAUGAUUCAUUUUUUGGGCAUUAUAUAGUUUUGGUUGGGUAUAACUAUGAAACAAAGGAAAUAAUUUACAUAGAUCCAUCUUCAAAUCAAUUAUAUUGCACAAUAAGCGAACAGGACUUGGAUAAUGCUAGAAUGAAACCUGGUACCGAUUUAGAUUGUAUUUUCAUAACAAAUGAAAAAUAA